UGUCAGAUGGUGGUUUUUCUAGUCCAUUUCCCAUUUCUGGGCCAAAUUUCUUCAUCUGUGUGGCUUUACUUAAUGAGUGGGUUGACCUCAUUAGUGUUCCGCAAACGGGUACACGAAUUGGAUUUUUAACAUUCCGUCAUCAA